AAAAAUAAGCAUUGUAUUUAAAGAGAUUUGCCACCAGCAAAGGAAGUUCAAAACAAGAAAGUGACAGGCGUCACCAGCGACAGCAACACAACAGAACGACACAAACACCUCACAAACACAUUACAACAGAAACGGGACACUAACAAUUACUACGACACACAACACAGGAAGUUUCUAUCGAAUACGAAGUUCUUUUCACCAGUUUUAGAAGUUUUUAUUGGGUAGACUUGAACUCGUUUCUAUUAAACCCUGGAAGAUGCCCAACUCCAUGAUUGCUGUUUUCUUCAUAUUCGUUCUUAAAACAGUGGCACUGGCAAAUAAAGUAUACACCAAGAUACCAUGCCCGGAUUUUUGUGAAUGCAAAUCAAUCGGUAAAAUAAAAUGUAGUGUUGAAAGUUUACCACUUUCUUUACCGGCAGGAAAAUUUAAAAGAGUAAGUUUUGAUAAUAAAGGGGAAACAUUGGUAGAUAUACCGGCUCCUGUCAUCAAAAUGCAACCAAAUACAUCAAUUGACACUCUCGUAUUGCAGUAUCUUAAUAUCAGCACAAUCAAAACGAACGCUUUCGAAGGUUUGGGGAAUGUCGAACUACUACUUAUUAGCCAUUCAAGCAUUAAGAAAAUUGAGCCAUAUGCUUUCAGAAAUCUAAACAUCACCAAGUUCAUGUUCCUUAACGAGUCUGUUGAUACUAUUGAAUCCUUUGCUUUCUCUGAAAUCAAUGCCGCAUCCUUUAACAUUUACAAAAGUAAUGUUAAUACAAUACAGACAGCAGCAUUCAAUAAAAUCACAUCUAAACUCAUUAUAGCCUCCAGUACUAUCGAAGAUAUGCAAGCACAGGCUGUAAGCAAUGGAACACUCGCGGGUUUUGUUGCAGUAAAAAGCAAAAUUAUUCAAUUUGGUUGUAAUGAUUUUCAUAAUAUAUCCUUACUAAAAAUUAAAGCAAACACGACCUGUGAUUGUAACAGCGUUUGGUUGAUGGAAAAAGUUUUAACUUCGUAUGCAAAUUUGGAAUAUAUAACUUGCUUAGCUCCACCUAGUCUGGCUGGCAUAUCUUUAUCGCAGCUGAACAAAACAGACGUAUGCAACAGUUCUACUAUUACAGAUUCAGUGUGUCCAAGCUUAACUUUUAAAAUGGAAUUUAUUAAAUCUAAUGCCAACAAAUGGGAUGCCUCUUUAACUAUAUUAGUGUUCGUCAUCAGUUAUAUUCUUUUCAUUUCAUUGAAAUAAAAGGAUAUGUGUGUGUGUGUGUGUGAAUAGUGUUAACUGACGGAAGAAGGAGUACUCGAUACCAAACGCGCGAUUAAUAACAUUUUUUUUAUUUUGAUCAAGUCAAUCGCUUGCUUCUCUGAGUUUCAGCUGUAUGUGUAGUGUCUUCAGAUUAGUUACGACUUGCCUCAAAAUCAUAACUAAAAGAAGCAAGAGGCUAACUCAACGUGUGUGUGUGUGUGUAGAAUAAAUUGUGUGCAUAUAGCUAGAUGUACGACUGCUACUGUUAUGUCUAGACUUUUAUAAUUCAGUUUGCUUUCUGUAUAGUUGUUAAGUAAUUUCUAUACUGAGUAGUAUAACUUGUUGUGAGCUGCAGAGCAAACGUAGGAAAAAUAAAAAAUAAAUACGAGUCUAUAUUAAAGUUCCUAUGACCAUUUCACCAUUAUAGUUUUUUGGAGCCCUGCAGUAGUUCUAAAUGCAUAUACAUACUCAACCACAACGAAUCCUCAGGGAACACUUUAUUGUAUCAAGUUACAGAUAGGAACAUAGUAAUCUAUAACCUGAUAUAAUGAAGUAUUCCCAGAGCAUUCGUUCUUGUUAAGCAUCUAUUUGCAUUUAGAACUUGUAUCGAAGGGCUCCAGUCAACUAUAAUGGUGAAAAGCGCGUAGGAACUUUAACAUAAGCCUGUCUAUUCUUGUUUUUAAUAUAUAUAUGUAUAUGUGUGUGUGCAUGUGUAUGUAUGUAUGUAUGUAUGUACACAUAUUUGAAGAUCCACAAGGAUCAGAACUUAACUGCCGCUCUUGAUGGUCCAAAAUAGAUAUACAAUUUAUGUGGGUGUCUUUUCAAAACGUUGUCUGGUUUCAAAAGCCACAUCAGACGCCAUAGUAGAUCUAAGGUGUAAGUACAAAAGGUGAUCAGACUAUGUAUGUAUGUAUGUGUGUGUGUGUAUAUGUGUGUAUGCAUGUGCUUAUGUAUGUAUGCAUGCAUGUAUGUAUGCAUGCAUGUAUGUAUGUGUGUGUGUGUAUGUAGUUAGAAUUUACAAAAAAAAAAGACAGAAGACGAAAACGGAUGUGUAAACAACAAACAGAUGUAUUAGUUUUACGCUCGGGAUACUACAAAAAGUAGAGAAAUUUCAAUUGACGAGCAUAAAAUGUGUUUGAAUCUAGUAGCUGUCAGUCCCUUAUGUUUCAGAAGAGGCACAUAAGAUGAGAAAAGUGAAUAUUAUCCACAUGUUUGGAGGGUUAAUAUUGUUGAAAUAUAUUUAAAAUGAUAGUGUGAUGGGUUUGUAGUGGUGAGAUCGAAAAUGAAUGAAUGCAUUUCAAAACGAAACCAACCAAAAAAAUUAGGAUCUGAAAUUUAUAUUAUGUGGACAUAAGUUAAAUACAUGACAUAUUUGCGUGUCUAAGUUUAUAAGUGUACAUGUCUAUAUCAUAUUAUGUGUGUAAAGAUAUAUAUGUGUAUGUAUAUACAUACAUAUAUGUUGGUGUGUUUGCGUCUCCGUGACUUAGAGAUCCGGCAAAAGUGAGAGAUAGAAUAAAUACCAAUCUUUUAAAAAAUAAGUACUGGGAUCGAUUCGUUCAACUAAAAUUCUUCGGGGAAGUACCCCAGCAUGGCCGCAGUCUAAUAACUGAAACAGGUAAAAGAUAAAAGAUAUUUAAACACACACACAUCGCACCAGCUCCAUGGUUGCAUUGUCGAAACGAAAUUUAAUGUUCGGCUCGAAGUGAGAACCAAACCUGUAACAGAAUUUCUGACACCUUCACAUUUUACUUUAUGAGAAGGUUUUAGAUUAGUAAGUAUGAUACCUACAACAGACAUUCUUAAUUUCUGUUUAUUAAUCCUUUGCCUGUCUUGUGUAUCACAUGUAUUACAGAGGAUAUAUUUCUCUGGCAUCCAUGCAUCAUGUAUGAUACACAUACCCAUUUUUUCCAUUACCAGACUAACUUAGGGCUUAUGAAAUGAAAGCUUUAUAUUACUCAGAACAUAUGAAACGAGGGCUAACUAGAAGUCUGAUAAAAAGUAUAGAUAUUUUGGAGAAACUUAUGAAAAUGGUAUGAACAGAUCGCUUUCCUUAAAACAGCUCUGUUUGCUCUGCUGUAGGUGAAGGACACUGGCCAAAUUUUAGAAUUACCAACUUUUGUUGUUUUCUUUUUAAAUUAGCUGUAAAGCAAUUCAAAUUUAGUUAUAAUUUUUAGCAUUACUAAAAACAUUGUUGACAAAAGUGUUCAUGUAGUAAGACUUUUAUUGAUAAAAUAAUGCGAGAAUUCAUUGCACUGAAACACUGAUCUUUGAUGAAAAUUUUGGCUAGAAUGAUUAAGAUGUUUCUGAGAUUCCUCACAGAGAAUUUAAAUAAAUAUUGAUUUCGUUAUGCAACAUAACAUUGGAAUGUCACAGGCGGGUGUGAAUGAAACUGUAUAAGAUGCAUGAAAAAAAAACCAACGUGAAAAUAACUGAGAAAGAAACCAGUGCAGGAUUAACAAGCAUGGAACAUACUCGUUCGUUAAUGGCAUUCAUUCAUACCGGUAUAUACUAACCAUUUUUCGGAAAUUCUUGUGAUCGAUACCGUAAAUGCUCGAGACUCUGUUCGAAAAUUGGCAUUGUACUUGACUGGUAGCAAAAGAACACAAUCAACAAUCAAUACCGUAUUUAAAAUCGAAUGAUCUCAACUAGUUAAUCAGAUUAAAGACUCAUGUAACCAAGAGCUAACCUUUUACAUUAGGUCAAUCAUUCCUAUUAAGAAAUUAUUCAUUUUACAAUAACUUAAAGAAAUUUUUCAAUGAAAAUAUCAUAUUUGAUCAAUUUUAAAGAAUAAUUGCAAAUUAUAUUUUUCUGGGGUUUUUUUACGUUAAAAUUUUUUCGCUCAAGGUUUUUUUUUUUUUUUUUUUUGCAGUUGUUAUUGAAAACCUAUUUAACAUUCCAAAUCAGGCACAUUUGAUUGUUGCUGGAAUUUUUUUCUUUAUUUAGUUUUUCUUUUGGCUUUUUGUUUUUUGCAAAAUGUUUGAUUAAAAAGAAAUAUAUUCUUCCUA